GAUCAGCUGUCGGAAGGUGCCGAUUUGUGCGGGGGAGCGGCGCGCGCUCGGCAGAACGGCGGGGUCCGCACCGGCACCGGGACGGGCAGGGGCACCGACACAGGCACCGGGACACACAGCACCGGCACACACAGCACCGGCACUACCUCAGCGCCUGCCGCCGCCCGGGACACGCAGGGUCGGCCUUUCCACUGAAGCCAAGUGAAGCACCUCGCAACUGCACUGCACACUGCUCAGCUGUGAUUCCUCUGGCAGCCAAACCUCUCUGUCACCGGCACCCCGAGGGCUCUUUCUCCUCUCCCUGCCCAUCUCUCCUGUGUCUGUGCCUGGAAGCUGGUGCUCAGCAGUAGCUCUGUCUCCCUGUCCAUCCUACUGGACUGCUCCCCACCAUGUUUCAGCGUCUCACCAGCCUCUUCUUCAGUGACAGCAGCACGUCAGAGGGCCUGGAGGAGCCCAAACCCUUUGUCGAGGAAGAGGAGGAGGAGGAUGGCUGGCUCAUAAUUGAUCUUGCAGAGGAGCCCGGCCCCGACGGCGUGGGGAGCAGCCCCAUGGAGGACCUGCUCAUCGAGCACCCCAGCAUGUCGGUGUACGUCACCAGCACCCUCGAGGUGGAUGGGGAGGGCCCCGAGGACGAUGCUGCAGAGGACGUUCCGGAGCCGCGGCCGGAGCCGCCGGUGCCGCAGCGCGGGCGGGCGCUGCCGGUGAAGGCGGCGGCGCUGGACAAGGCGGGGCAGGCGCAGCGGGCGCAGCGGGCCCGGCAGCUGGCGGAGCGGCACCGCCUGGCCCAGAAGGCGCUGCAGCGGCAGAACCGGGCCCGGCAGCGCCCGCCCCGCCGCGCCAAGCAGCUCCCGGGGGCCUUCGUCCACCAGCCCUGCCAGCGCCACUGCAACUACUGACCUCGCUCCGCCGCCCAGGGGCUGGCCCCGGCCCCGGGAGCGGCCCCCACGGACACCGGGGACACGGCGGCGGCUUCACUCCGCACCCCGCGCCCGCACGCCUGACCCGCACUCCUCAUCUCCCUCCUGUACCUUCACCGCGCCCCUCACCCUCGAUGCCGGCUGGGCCGCGACCCCCGGAGCCGCCGGCAUGGAGCGCCACGCUACCCCCGCCCAGCUGCCUCGGCAGCGUUCACGCGGGAAAUCGGAAUUCCCGGUGAAAUCACCUGUUCCCGAAAUCACCUGUUCCCGGUGAAACCUGUUUGUCCUGAUAAGCCUGUGACAUCAGUGCCUUUCCUCACAUCAUGACUCCAUGUACAGCCUGGCUGGGAUGUCACAGAGACAUCGAGCGGGAGUGACAAGAGCAAUGAAGCCACAAAAUUUGGGAUUUUUAGGAAAAUCUCAUCAAUGACACUAAAUAUUGCUUCCACCCUGCAAAACCAGCAAACACUCCUCUCCCUCCUUGAUUUCUUAGCUACAUUUUACCGUGAUAAGAUAAUGCCCCACUGCCAGUCCUGAAGGAGCUUGUGGUUGAAAGCGCUGGUGGAAUCUCCGUGGCUGGGUCAGCCAGGCAGCUCCUGGUGCCUCACGGUGUUGCUUUUUUUAACAACCUUAAAAGGAAUCUCAGGAAUCAAAGCACCGUCCCAGCGCAGCACCGGAGCCCUUGGCUGCCGUGCCAGGAGGGGUGGCCAGCCUGGGGUGGCAUCAGCGUGGCUGGGAGUCCCCUUUGAGCAGCCCUCUGGCCCUGGAGCAGUGACCUGCCCCAGCUGUGACCCCAGGGGUACGCCUGUAUCUCUGUGUGUGUGUGUUUCUCUCUGUUCCUGGACGCUCAGAGGAGGCUCUGUCAAGCUGAGGGUCGCUGUCUGCCUGGUGUUAGUCCCCGGCAGGGGAGAGGAGGCAGGAUCUGCACAGCUUCCCCAAGGUGGCCAAAGCACGUCCAUGGUGGUGGUGAAGAGAUGCUGAAGAGGAGGCUGGAGGGAAGAGGCUGAAGUAAGGACAAAGAUGGAUCUGGGAGCCACUGCAAUGGGUCAGGAUGGGGCAGGCCUGAGUGAGAGGAUUGCUGUAACAGGAGCUGUGACAGAGGCAUCUUCUUUCCCCACUAAAAAUGGCGUCCUUUCCUGUGAAGGGCCAAAUUCACUGCUAGGCGAUGCUAAUUUCUAAUGUAAAUCCCUCCUCUCUCCGUGAUGGACUCCUUCUGCCUUUGGAAGAACAUGGUCCAGGCUUUUCACUGGCUCCAGCAACAGCUGAGACAGCUUCAAAUCCAGCAAAAAUUUGCUGAUCUGCCCCCAGUUCUCUCCUUUUAGGAGCUAGUUUUGUACCCUCUGCCCUGGGAAAGUGUCCUGCUCACAACCACAGCCUGGAUUCCCACCCUCUGAGACAAGACAUACCCCCACAACACCCCAGAAAAUUCUGAUUUCACCAGAGGUUCUUCCACUCACCGUGUUGCAUCCCUUAAUAUCAGCUGGGGACCUUGGCUGAAGGAAUUGUGGUGAGCCCAAACUGAGACAGCUGAUAGUUAUUAAUUCUUUUAAUGAGAUUAAAGCCAAACUGAACCUUCUUAGUAGCAACAGCCCCUAGCUCCGGGCCAGGCAGCCUGGACCGUAGCAGUCAGCUGCUGCUGCUCCCCUGCAGCAUUUCCCCUUCACUGCUCUGCUGGGCUUUCCCAAAAGCUCCGGAGCGCUGCAUCCCGAGAGGGGGAGCUGCGAGCCCUCGGCAUUGCCCUGCCCUCCUCCCGCAGCCUCUGUCCCUGGCCCAGCCUGAGACCGCCCGAGAUCACCCUGCUGGUGAAGAGACUGGCAUCUCCUGACUCCAGGGCAGCUUUACAUCCUGUGGCUUCCUGGGCUUCAUACUCAAUGCCUUUUUUUGCCCCUGCAGCGAUGCCUGGGCCGGGCUGGGAGCCGGGCAGUGCAGGGCCAGGGGCACAGGCCGGGGCUGGGCCCGGCUGUGGUGGGUGCUGCCCUCCCAUCCCCGCCGGACACCGCUCUGGGGCAGCAGCACUGCGGGGAGCACUUUCUCUCUGGCCCCAGCACACAUCAAGAAGGGCAGAAGCCAAGCACUGUCCAGCCCCCAGCUUGGUCUCCACUGCAAAUUCUGCUGCUGCCAGUCCCUCUGGAGCACUCCAGAAAUCAGGGGCUGGCUGUGACCCCACUGCCCCCCCAGCAGCUCCCAGAGGAACAGGCUGGGGGAGCAGUGGCCCGAGGCAGAUCCUGCCGUGUCUCACCUGCCAGGCUCUCCUGUGCCUGCCCAGCUGCUGGAGGUGGUACCCAGGAGAAAUCCCUUAUGGAAAUCCUCCCGUGCACCCUUCUCCUCUGCUGUGAGCCAGCCCUUGGCCGUGUUCCUGGGGACUUGUCUCAGCCUGGCACUGCCACCAGCACCCAGCCCCCAGUGCCCAUUUCCAACAGGUGAUCUUCCUCUGUCCCAGUUUUCAGAAGCAAAUUCAAACUCUUUCUGUGCCAGUCUGAGAUGUCUUUCAUUGGCUCCGUGCCCAGCCAGCACAGGAGAUGAAGCAGAACUAUUACCACACUUUAUAUCCAGAGUAUGUUUAUAAAAGAUUAAUAAAUUAUUAAUAAUGUUUUCAUGAACAGGUUAAUCCAGACCCUGAGCCUCUGGUGGGUCAGCAGAGUGCACAAACCACAGCAAAUGAGCUCCUGCAAGUCCCCUGUGUUGUUUGCACUCUUGCCAUGUAUUAACACCUAACACUCACCUGCCAACCCUUGCCAGGCCACUGUCACCCCCAGUGUGACCCCCCCUCCCUGUGCUCUGGUCAACCUGUGCUUUGCAGAAGACCUGCAGGGUUCUGCUCCUGCCCAGCAGCAAGCACAAGGCCUGGCCUGGUCCCAGGCCUCCUGCCCAGUGCUGCCAGAGCAAGAAAACCCCUUUUCACUGAGGUUUUUUGUCUCCUCGAAUCUUAAAACAAAUGAAAGGUGCUUAAGAACUGAGAACUUCCUGUGUGUGCACCCAUUUGCAUGUGUAGAUAAUUCAAAGCCCAGUGUGGGUGUUCAGUAGCUUGUUUUGGGGUUGAUUUUUUUAGGGGUUUGUUGGGGUUUUUUUUUGCACCCAGUAUUUGUGAUGCACUGUGUGGUGCUUCCAAUGGGAAGGUUCUGGUUUGCAGGGAGCUCUUGAGCUGGUUCUGCUGGGACAGGUGGGGUGAAUUUUGCUUUCUUUUCUGUACUUGUGUAGGGGGAAACUACAGCAUGGACUCAGGGACAAACCAAUCUGCUGGGGUCUUUAAAAAAUGUCUUUUUCCCAGGCUUCUCUGUUAGAAUGUGGGGUUUGGUUCUGGGGUGCUGCAGGGAUGUGGCCUCUGGCAGCACAUGGUGGUGACAGGAGCUGCCCUGACACUCCUGUGUGAAAAAGAAAUUGUGGCCAUUCCUGGUGGGAUCAUUCCUGGGCUGCAGCUCCUCUUCAUUUGUUCAUUACCUGAAAAUUCACCUUUACAGCCAAAUGUGGCUGGUCCCUUUUUAAGUGGCUUGUGAACAAGCAGGUACAGAUUUUCAGCACAGAGCCUCCUGGGGUUUGGGAAGGGCAGCAGGACUGUGUGUUAUGGCCUGACCCAGCACAUCUCUGGGAUCAGGGGACAACCAGGAUGGGGAAGCCAUUGAAAUUAUCACCUGGGCACAUGGUGAUGCAGGCAACUGAAAGAAAUUUUUGUGUUUCUUGCAGUGAAAGCAUAAAAAAGGGAAGAAUUCCCAGUGGAGAGGCCUGGGCAAAUCUGUGUUCAGUAAAUGCCAGCUUUGCUGGGCCGUGUGUCAGUGCUGGGCUCAGACACCCGGCUGGCUCCAGCCCCAGCUCGGGGGGGCAGGCUGGGACAGCGCUCUCAGCAAUGCUGCACUUUGUGAGACCCCUUAUGCAGGGAAGAAUCUUCCCACCACUGAAGCCCCUGUGGUGCAGGGAUGUUGUCCAAGUAAGAUUUGCCUCUGCUUGCCUGGUUCUGCUCUGGCAGAUGAGGAGGACGAGCCCUCAGAGCGCGAUGGGACCGGAGGCACAGCCCUGCUGGGCAAGUGCCUCCUCUUGGGCUGCAGCAGUGCCCCCAGGCCCCCAGGGCUGUGCUGGCUGCACUGGCCAAGUUCUCACACCAAAUUCCGGCCCUUGGCACCACAGGGCUGGAGGGAUGCCAAGGGAGUGGGGGCAAAAUCCUCCUCACCUGUUGCUCUGAAACUUGCACUCACAAAUGCUCUUUUUAAGAAACUGUGCUGCAAAAGCUUGGUCUGGAAGGAAAACAAUUCUUUCCAUUGGAGUCCACAUUUCCUUCUCAUUAUGCAGAACAUCAAUGCAUGGCUCAUCCCAAAGAUCACUGCUAUGGGAAUCUUCUCUCUUUAGGCUUGUUUCUAAUCAAUAAUUUUACAUUUACAUCAUACUAGUACUUUUCCCUCUUCUAUUCAGCCCUAAUGGGGAGCAAAAGACGCACUUAGAUGUCUUACCACACCAGUAAGGAAAAAAAAAAGAUAAAAAAAUAUCCAGUGAGGCUCUAGGCUUGAGUCCCACAGCUUUGCAGUUGCCCCUCUGGAUCAGUAUCAAUUCCAUUGCCCUGCAUAAAAUGAAAACUAAACUUCAUGUGAAUUUAUUGAAAAACAAGUGAGUCCCCAAAGAUCAAACAUCUAAUAAUUAGGAAACAGUAAGAAGACAUAAAUCACCUCAAGUCAAGAGAAAUGGUUGUCAGAAGGCAGCACGGAGCCCCGCUGCCCUGGGAAUGGCUGCUGGCAGUCCUUGAGUCUUCCCUGAGUCUCUGGGUUAGAACAGGAGGCCAUCCAUGUCCAGCUGGUGCCACAGGGACCCUCGAGCCACCAGGGAUUGUCAGCUGCCACCGCUGCCAGCCUCCAGUUUGCUGCUCCUCCUUCGCUGCAUGCACUCAGCAAUGGCUGCUGGUGGCAGGAGGGGGCAUCACAGCCCAGUGUCCCCCCAGCUUGUCAGAGCUUCCCCCCAAGCCCUUCUCCACCAUGGACUGUGGUGACCUCCUCAGCACAGCUGAUGGCAGGGACCAGAUCCUGAGGAGGGACAUCCACGCCACUGGCAGCAGCCCCCUCCCAGGGCACGGCCACACGGACCUGCCAGGGACAGGAAUGGGCCUUAAAAGGGGCUGAUCCCCUCAGGGCUUGUCUUCUUCAAGGUGGAGCUUCCCACCUCUCAGAUCUGCUCCAUCCAUACAAAGUCAGGAACCUCCUCUUGUCCUCAUGGGCUCCAUCCCCAUCCCAUUCCCAUCGCUGGAGUGGCUGCCACAAGUUGCCUGAACGUGGCUGUAGGGGCUGGAUGCAGCAGUGGGAAGGGCUCUGCCUGCCUGAAGAGUCCCUCCUUUGCUGAGAGGUGUCCUCAGCCCCACUGGAGAUGCCACCUUCUCCUUGCUGGUCUCCAGGAUCCCAGAGCCCCCCAGCCCUGGGCUCUGGGCAGCUGCACACGCUUGGCCAGGAGGUCUCCCUGGUCCAUCAGCCUUCCUUUGUGCUUCUUGAAAACCUUUGUCAUUAACCCAUCACCCUCUCCUUAGAGGAAUGAGGAUGAUGAGGAUGAGCAGCUCCAUUCAAUAGCAAAGGUUGCUUUUAUGUGUGAUCAUUUUUUCAGUUCUGUGCAGAGUGGUGACACCCAGGUGUGUCCCCUGUCAUUCAUUCUGAGCUGGCACCUCCCGGGCUGACGAGGGGGCUGCUUUUCCAACCCCAUAUUUUGUACAGGGAUGCUGCCCCAUGCUCCAGAGCACAAAAAGAGCUGGAAAGCUUUGACUUUGUUGCAGCUAAACCUGAAAAUCCUUCUGCCUUCCACUCUGACCCUAUUUCAUUGCAUGGUGGGGGGGAAGAUUUUAUUCUCUGCAAAUGAAGGGGAAAACAGCGCAGUAAAUUCUAAGUGUAGCUUAAAAAUGGGUUGCACAGGGGAGCCCAAAGCUCCUCUGCUCUUUCACAUUCACCUCAUGUACCCUUGCUGGGGAGCCCUGAGCAGCUGUGCCCAAGUCUCCCUGAAUUCUUAUCCUCCUUUGUGCUUUGGGAGGUCUGGGGAUGGGGGAGCAGCACAAGGUGUAGCAGUGACAUUUCCUCUGUGUCAGAACGGUCCUUGCACAGAGCACUGCAAUAUUCCAUCUGUGUGUGUCCACCCCUGGUACCUGCUUGUGAAACUCUUGCCCACACAUUGCCCUUCCCCAUGUGGGGCUGAAUGACUGUACAUGUGCCUUCACCCUUUUUCAUGGUUUGGCAUCUUUUUUUAACACAAUUACAGAACUUGAAAAAAAUCACUGAACUGCAGUUACAAGUCCUAUGCAAGAGGUGACCAGGGAGUCAGUUUUUGGUAUUUCUGUGUUUCUGUGUUGUUUUCAAAGUCACUGUGGGGUUUUUCAGAGAACUCCAACAGAAUGAAUGCCCCAAAAAGUUUGUUAUGCUUCUUUUUUUUUUUUAAAUUUUUUUUAAUUUUUUUGCUAAAAAGCAUUUAGCAUUUUGGAUAUACUAAAUCUCUUAGGCAGCUUUGUAAAGCUCUAAACCCCAGUUGCCCCCGGGGCCGUGUUUGGAGAGUGAGCAGGAGCAGGAGCAGGAGCAGCAGGACGGAUGCAGGAGCGCCAGAACAGAUGGACAGAUGGACAGAUGGACAGAUUGACGAUGGCUGUUCUGUGGCUGGACAAGGUUGCCUUAAGCCUUCCCUGCAAUGCCCCGGAGAUGUUCGGUGCCCUCCCGCCUGUGCCCGGGCUCUGCCUUAGGCUGGCACAGCCCCUCGGGGGUCUGGGAGAAGAGGCAGAAACCCCCCACGUUUUCUACAUCACCUGUGCUGUAGGACUGAGACCUCGUCUGCAACUCGAAGCUAACGAAAUCCGUCCUUCUCGUGUGUUACGUGUUCAGUUGGUGUAAGCAGGGUUCGUAGGAAGGGGCGUCUCCUCCUCGUAGGACAUUGUGUAAACAUUUGCUGUGUGUCGACUGCCUGGGACACAUUGUGUAGUGUGCCUGUGUGUGUGUAACCUGGUUUUGGUUGUUAGGUUGUAAU